UUCUGCCCAGGACUAUAGAUGGAGUGUAGUAUUAACAUGUAACCAGAAGGGGGCAGUACUGCGCCUUGCAACGUCGAGUCCGCCUAAAUAUUAGAUGAAGAAGAAAUAAUGUUUUGGCUAAGAACUAUUGUUUAGCACACAAGUCUUUACGCUAUUGUUUAGAUACAUUUUGACACUUUUCAGUACAGCUUGGUGUAAGUUUCACACAUUUCGACUGCAUUUGUAAACAAAUGGCCUUCGCGGUGCCGGUUUGGCUCGCGGUCCAGGAAGAGCUCCUCGGAUGUGGCGAGGCAGAGGCAGAUCAUGGAACUCCAAGCUGUUUUGAUCAUUUCGACGACGAAUCUUUGUUUGAGUUAUUCCAUCUCACAAGACCCUGCAUCUCAUUCAUCACAGACGCUGUCCGCAUCCGCAUGAAGGCGGUCGCCGUUAAGAAAACUCUACCCUCUGUGGAUGUGAUGGUCAUGGUGUCGGUGAACUACUACGCGCUCGGAGCAUUUAGCUCUGCCGUCCUGCAGAAGGCAGGCAUGAACCAGCCGACCAGCCUUACGAAUGUUGUCAACACAGUCUCCGGUGUCAUCGCAGGGAUGUCCGACGUUUUCAUCUCGUUUCCCCUCACCGUCGACGCCCGAAACAGAACCGCUGCAAAGAUGGAGGAACUCUGCAGGAUCCCGAAAGUUCUAGGUGUCCUGGCUCCAGCCCACUUCAAGAUCCGAGCUUCUCCUUAUGAGAAAGACUCAUUCAAGUCUUUUAUCAAUUCCCUCGGUUACACUUCGGUCGUCAGUCAGUUCAUAUGCGACUGUGAUGGUAACAUACUGAGUGUUGAAAAAUGCUGUGUAGGUAGCACGUUUGAGCAAGAAAUGUGGGACUCGUCUUUCAAGGGAAGAGAGGUGGAGGAAGACCUGCACGGACCAUUUUGGUUUGUUGGCGGGAAUGGUUAUCACCUAAGCAAGCAUGUCUUGACUCCUGUGUCAAACCCUUCAAAUGACAAUGAGGUCCGUUUCAACAAAGCCCACGCAAAGAUCUACAAGGUCAUGCAGUCAACAAUUGGAUGCAUGAAGAGGCGUUUCAAGUGCCUGAUGCAACUUGGUUUUGCAGAGGAAGGGUCUUUGAACAAAAAGUCCAACAUGAUCAAGGCGUGCAGCGUACUGCACAACAUAGCUAAAAAGUUCUCCGUCCCCUCUCUGCCUGCAGAUGGUAAAAUUGAGGUUCCAUAUCCAGGCAAGCUGCAUUUGACACCACUGGAGAUCGAUGCUGAAGCACUAGAAGCCAGACAGGAACUUAUUGACAUGAACUUUUCUGUUGCUCCCCAUAGCGAGAAGGUGUCGAGUGGUGAUACAACAAAGGAGGAUGUGUAAGCACAGCGGUUAAGUUAUAUGCCACACAGGCAAAAAGAUUGACAAACUGAUCUACAAUCUUUUUUACAUGAAGAUCAAACUGUGAAAACAAACCAGAGCUUGCAUGGCAACUUCUAUAGUUUUAUGCAAGUUGGUAUUUAUUUCUCUUCAGUUUGACAGCAAACUGUACAUAUGGUUGCACACUGAAUUUUCUUUGUAUUUUAUUUGGAAACUUCAUAAAGCACACUGAUUUUUUUUUUCCUGAAAACUAAAUAUUUUAUUUCCUGUACAAACAAUUCUUUUCUACAUUUAAUAUUGACAAAUCUUAAAACAUUCUGUGGUCAUCUGGAGUGUAGUUUCUUUACUAUAAUAAUUAUAACAGCACACUUGGCAGACGAGAGGGACAAAUAUGUUAAAGUUACAUUAAAUCUCAAAAGGGCUAUGCACAUACUGCAAAUGUAUAUAAUAUUUGGUAUAUAACAGAAUCUCGAUGUUAGAAAUAGUUUGUCAUUAAGUGCAUUAAAGACUGAGUGCAGGCUGACACUAGCGAGGCAUGUGUCUUAUAUCAACGAAGCUCUCGGAGGGCGGUGGCGUUGACAUAUAUCAAGUCUGUGUUCUCGUAUAUGUGCUCAUCAGUCUUCAUGCUUGGCUGCAGACUGUCCAUGAUGCACUGGUGCAGGAAAACGUACUGGGACUGAAAAGAAAUGUGAACAGUUCUUGUUAUUUAUAAUUCAGAACUCUUUUUUUGGAUGCAGUAUGUGUGACUAUACAGUAUUUGACACUUUGUUUUCUAAAUUACCACAGAAAUGAAUCAAGUUUUAGAACAACGUGAGCCAAACCUUUGCGUUUGCAUCCACAAUUCCUCAAAAAGAAUAAAAUUGUUGCAGAGAAGAUGCUGAGAAGUUUAUUAUGUACCAAUGGCACAGAAUGCUGGUUUAUGUUACGUUUUAAUAUGACAGAAACUGUUUUUGCUGUUCUAAAUUGGAGAGAUCUUGAUAUAGUGAUGUGAAUAACUAUCAGGAAAAUAAAUUAUGUUAAAAAGCUGAUUAAAGGUACUGUAUAGUAAAUAUUGUGAAACUCUACACAUGUUUGAGCUCAAAUUUAGCCACAGAAAACCCAUAUUUUAGGAUGAAAAUGAGGAAUCACAUGUACAUCCAACCGCAUCUCAAAUACAAUACAUAGUAUGGUUUAAGUGCUUGGAUUGUGUUCUGAACUAUGUCCAGAAAUAGUAAUAAAUGUGAUGCUGAACUAAGGAACUGGC